GCCGUUGCUGCAGCGGUUGAGAUUCGGGGCUCAGAUGGGUGUCAAGAGAAUCCAGGCACGUGAAACGGCAGCUGGCUUUUCUUCGUCUCGGAAAGGCGGUGCGUUUGCGUGUGUGUGUGUAUGUGCAUUGCAACCCCCGCUUUCCCCCCUUUUUUUCCUUGCUGUAACUCCGUGAUCCCCGGACCCGCAUCGUGAGAACGCGUCUCGCCUUUCUGUAACCGAUCAGCCAGCCUCCCAAAGAAAACAGCAAAUAAAAAAUGGUCGGGGACGAAUUGCUGGGGGGCAAGGGGGGCACCUGGGCGCAGCACCCGGGACCCGGACGCUGGGACAGCGGCUUUCACAUCCGCCAUCGGGAAAUCUAAAGCAAAAAUUUGAUUUUACAAAGGCCUCUCGGAAGCUGUGCGCCUCUGGACUGGCUGGUUUUUGGGUCCCCCCCCCCCCGCUUUGAGAGGUGAAUGGGGGGGAUGGCGCGAUCGGCGGAGAAACCUUCCCUUUCCAGGGGGAGGCGAAGCUGGUCGGAUGAAUAUUCAGGCAUGCAUAUUCUUCCCCAGAAGCCCACACCCUCUUUUUUUGCUAAUCCCCUUGCAAGCUGGCUCUGCUCAGUUGGCUGCCGGUGGGGGAGAAGAGCGCAGGAAUCUAUUCUCUCCGACUCGAGGGACGUAUCCUGAAGCGCUGGAUCGCGCGCAAAGCGCAGGGCGUCUUCUCCGCGGGGGCAGGUAGACCGCGGGUCCCUACGCGCUGCUGUUAGGGACCCUGUUCCUGUGCAGACGUGCCGCGAUGUCCCCGCUCCGCAUCGGGAUAGCGGCUGCGGUUUUCCCUGGCGGUAGGAAACAUGCCGUUGUCCCCGAGGCACGCCAGCUGUGCCACUGCGCGCUAUUGUUUUUGUUCCGCGCAGGGAGGCAUAGGAAUUGGGCUUCCCUCUGUCAGUUGCAGGGUCACCACUCUCUGCUUUUGUAUUCAAGCUAUGGGGGACCCCGGGGUGGGUGAGGGAGGGGGGAAUAAUCUUGUUGAUUAUGUUGCUUUGACUGUAUACUUUAUAUUUGACUUUCUUCAGAAAUGUUUCGUUCUGGAUUGUUUCAUGGAUAUUUUAAUAGGCUGUAAUAGGCUUUGAGAUUUUUCUUUAAAAUACAAAAUGGUAUAGAAAUGAAAUUAAUACAGUGUUACCUCGGGUUACAUAUGCUUCAGGUUGCAUACGCUUCAGGUUACAGACUCCGCUAACCCAGAAAUAUUACCUCAGGUUAAGAACUUUGCUUCAGGAUGAGAACAGAAAUUGUGCUCCGGCGGCAGCAGGAGGCCCCAUUAGCUAAAGUGGUGCUUCAGGUUAAGAACAGUUUCAGGUUAAGUACGGACCUCCGGAACGAAUUAAGUACUUAACCCGAGGUACCACUGUAAUAAUAAUAAUAAUAAAUAGGUCACCAGUGCUCCUCGAACCCUUUCCCCAGCUGCUUCUUACAAAUAUUUCCUUCCCUAUAACAUCCUGAUCUGAUGAGUCACAAGGUGCCACCAACACCCAUGGCACUUUUUUUUUGCAUAAUUGUUAAAGGAAGCAGUUCCCUGCCUCAAGGCGCUUACAGUUAAAGGGAUUAGACAAGUGGGAGAGGCAUGGGAUGAGUAUGACGAAACUGGGCUACACCUCCUUAGACUUUGUAACCCGUCAGGCCGGGCAGCUUAUUGCAAUCCUGGCACAAUAUCAACGGGCAGAAGUUUACCUCAGUUCCUAACCCGCCCUCUUCUUUUUCCAUGCUGCAGUUUUGAUCUCUUGGUGAACUCGGCGCAUCUGGCUCCUCCCAGGUGAGAGAUGACCCGGGUGAAUAGCAAAAUGAAGCCCUCUGGCCUGCGAGGGGAAGUUGCCUGAGGAGGAAAGGGCCGAUUGGGCUGGCCUUUGGCUGCGGUGCCGGCUGGCAACCUUACUAUGGCUCAUUCCAGCAUCUGGAACAGCCUCAAGUCUGUGCUGAGGAAGAACAAUGACCCCUUGUUCCUGAACGACUGCAGUGCCUUUGACUUCUCGGACGAAGUUGGCGAGGAGGACUUCCCCAGGUUCAACAAGCUGCGGGUGGUGGUUUCGGAGGAUGCGGCGGACGCUUCGGCCAACGGGGCCCACCUGGGCCCCCACUCUGACGACGAGUCCUUGCUGGACAGAGACAUUGCUCUGCGGAACGCACAGACCGGACCCGGCGCAGAACCUUGUAACAAUUGCAACAAGCAAAGGGAACUCUCGAAGCAGAAGAAGGUGAAGAGGCGGCUGGUUCUAGCAGCCGUCCUCUAUCUCCUCUUUAUGACAGGGGAGCUGAUAGGUAAGAAUGCCUUGAUCUCUACUGAGAAGGAGAUCUUUCAAUUGCCUCGCUGUGCCUUCGGGGACAGUCUUUUAAUUAUUUACUCUUUGGGACCGUCGGGUGGCAUAUCUCAUUAUGAAGAGGAGGCAAGCUCAGAGGGCAUCUUGAGUAAGUCAAAUCAAUGUGCAGGGGAAACAGGGUGGCAUUGCCACCUUUGCAAAUUACUGUAACAUUCAUCGAUUCUCCGGAAUAGUAUGUCUCCGUUUGCAAAGUGGAGAUUUCGUCUUCCUGUUGGUGAUGCUUUUCUGAAAUGGAUAAAGGAAGUUUAGUGGUACAGUGGCACCUCGGGUUACAGACGCUUCAGGUUACAGACUCCGCUAACCCAGAAAUAGUGCCUCGGGUUAAGAACUUUGCUUCAGGAUGAGAACAGAAAUUGCGCAGCGGCAACAGCGGGAGGCCCCAUUAGCUAAAGUGGUACCUCAGGUUAAGAACAUUUUCAGGUUAAGAAUGGACUCCAGAAUGAAUUAAGUUCUUAACCCGAGGUACCACUGUAGUAGUCGUAAUAAUAAUAAUAAUAAUAAAACCCUCUUUCUUUCUCUCUCUUUUUAACCUCCUCGAGAGGUUCAGAGGGUGGCAACGCGAGAAUGGGGCCUUCUCUGCAGUGGCUCCCUGUCUGUGGAAUGCUCUCCCCAGCGAAGUUCGCCUGGCGCCUUCAGUAUACACCUUUAGGUGCCAGGCAAAAACCUUCCUCUUUAACCAGGCCUUGGUUACAUCCGAUUUACAUCCUAUGCCCUUUUAAAAUGUGGGGUUUUGGGGGGCGGGGAGUAAUUAGGUUGCUGUUUUUAUUUAUAUUAGGUAUUUUGUGGUUUUAUAUCUUGAUUUUAUUCUGUGACCCUUGGGUAUAUGGCGGUAUAUAAAUUCAAUAAACAACAACAACAAUACCUACGUAGCUCGGUUGGUAGUACGUGAGACUUCGAAUUCCAGGGUCAUGAAAGUUUCCUGCAUUGCAAGGGUUAGACUGGAUGAUUCUUGGGGUCCCUUCCAAUUGUACACUUCUAUGAUUCUGUGAUCUGUUAGCUGUAUGUCACAUGCCCAGAAGUAACAGCCUUGAGGCUUUCUCUUGAACUGUGUGGAAUUUACACUGAAACUGUCCCUCUGAUGGAGACAUUUCCGAAAAAGUUAGUUGCAGUUAAAUUCUGUGAAAAUCAAUGGGCCUCAGCUUAGUCCCAUUCCAUUGUUUUAACUGGGAUGAUCAUAAUGUAACCGUUGUAUUUGUUACAUGCAUAGUUCAAGCUCUUUAUCUGACAUUCAUCCUGUAUUCAUGGGGUUAUUCUGGACCAUGUGCUUUUGUUUUUGUUUCAAAAGCACAAUGUUUCCCCCACUAGCUACUUCUUAUGUUGAACGUUCAACUCACCACAGUUGGAUUUAUGCCAACUGUGAACAUUAUAAGUGUUUGUUUGUGUAAUGCUUGCAUAAAUACAUGUCAAGAUUUAAAGCCCAGAAUAAAAUCACAUGGUUAGGUUUUUUCAUUUUGAAAAAACAAAGUCAUCAAAUCAUCAAAUUACCAGCCAUAAUCUAGCAUACAUAGGCAUUCUUAAACCCCAUUCAUAUCGACAUCAUUCAAAGUAUGCACAACCAUGAACUUUCGCAGGUACAGAUAUUACAAAAGCCUUAAAGGUAAAGGUAAAGGGACCCCUGACCGUUUGGUCCACUCGCAAAUGACUCUGGGGUUGCGGCGCUCAUCUCGCUUUACUGGCCGAGGGAGCUGGCGUUCAGCUUCCAUGUCAUGUGGUCAGCAUGACUAAGCCGCUUCUGGCGAACCAGAGCAGCACACGGAAACACCAUUUACCUUCCCGCCGGAGUGGUACCUAUUUAUCUACUUGCACUCUGACGUGCUUUCGAACUGCUAGGUUGGCAGGAGCAGGGACUGAGCAACGGGAGCUCACCCCGUCGUGGGGAUUUGAACCACCGACCUUCUGAUCGGCAAGUCCUAGGCUCUGUGGUUUAAGCCACAGCGCCACCCGCGUCCCACAAAAGCCUUAAGUAGCUGCAAAUUAUAAUCCAUAGAAUUUGUUUGUAGAAUUGUAGAGUUGGAAGGGACCGCAAGAGUCAUCUAGUCCAACCCCUUGCAAUGCAGGAAUCUUUUUGCCCAACGUGGGAUUCGAACCCAUGACCCGUGAGAUUAAGAGUCUCAUGCUGUACCAACUGAGCAAUCCCUUAAAUCGGUGUGAUUACUUGGACGUAUUCUUCCUGCUAUAAUUUGUAUUCCUGGAGUUAAGAUUAAUAUCUCUUGGGUUAAUUAUUCUGAUAUUCUGAGUUCCCGCAGCUAGCAGCACCCUUUUUAGGUAUCGGUAACUAAGCAAUGAAACUUUUCAGAUAAAUUACCAAAAAACAAGAGGACUUACGGUAUUUAAGCAGUGUUUGGAUUUUUUUUAAAAAAACCUUUGCCCUGCAGUCCAGCAACUGGAUCUAUUCUACUUUUCUCCACAUGUUUCUAAAAGUCAUGUGAAAAGUUUUGUUGCAUAAAGUUCCCCGUAUAAAGUUGCCAUUUGGUCAAUGACAGCAAAUGAGGGUCGUUUCCAGUCAACCCAAACUUUGUUGAUGUGGUUUUGAAUAUGGUUUCAAAGGCCUGUGUUGUGCUUUCAGCAUGGGAAGUGUUUCCUGUUUAGAUGUUCAGUGUCAUAAUAACUUGGCAUAUACUUGGUGUGGGCAAGUAUGGUUAAUAAAACUCUUGGGCUGGACGCUUGCAGCUUUCUUGGACUUACUGGAAAUGCAGUUUUCCUGAGACGUAGCUCUUGCUCUUGAGGUGGUUUGUGGGACAGGAGUCUUUGUAAACUGCACCGUGGCAGAAAUUAAGAGAGACUCCGCAGUCUGGAAACCCUCAGAGAGUCACGUUAACCAAAGCAAAUGCAGUUGUUGUUUUUUUAAAAAUAGUUUUUAUUAAGUUUUUCUAAUUUAUAUUUCAAGAUAUUCCUUUAGACAACCUUAAAUCAAUGACUCCCCUUCUUCUCUUUCCGUGGUUCAUUUUGCAUACAAUACAUCCCUGCAUAUUUUACACGAACUAAACCAUUCAGUAAUCCAUUGUUAGUAAAGGUAAAGGGACGUCUGACCGUUAGGUCCAGUCGCAGAUGACUCUGGGGUUGCAGCACUCAUCUCGCUUUACUGACUGAGGGAGCCGGCGUACAGCUUCCGGGUCAUGUGUCCAGCAUGACUAAGCCGCUUCUGGCGAACCAGAGCAGCGCACGGAAACGCCGUUUACCUUCCCGCUAGAGCGGUACCUAUUUAUCUACUUGCACUUUGACGUGCUUUCGAACUGCUAGGUUGGCAGGAGCAGGGACCAAGCAACAGGAGCUCACCCCGUCGCGGGGAUUUGAACCGCCGACCUUCUGAUUGGCAAGCCCAAGAGGCUCUGUGGUUUAACUUCUUUACACUGCUGAAUUUAUCUUAAUGCUACCAGCGUUUUUAAAUGAACACAAUUUCCCCCCAAAUAAUUAGUAAACAUAUAUUCUUCUUGUUCUCUUAUUCUGUAUGUUAAAUUUGCAAGCUGUGCAUAUUCCAUCAGUUUAAGUUGCCAUUCUUCUUUGGCUGGGACCUCACUCAUUUUCCAUUUUUGGGCUAGCAAAACACAGGCCGCAGUAGUAGCAUGCAUAAAUAAUAUUUUGGGAUACCUGGGUGCAGUGCCUGACUUCUCCAUCUCCACAGGAAAAAUGCCACCUGGCCUAUUAUUUCCCCCCACGCCGCACCAGUUUUCAGCUCUGAACCUCCUAAGCUGCUUGCACAAAGAUAUGUGAUCAGCCAGCCAUGAGAUGGGCCUUUGUCCUUCAUGGCUCAUUGAAGCCGGCAAUGAGACAGACAUCAGGCUCAUUAUUGACCGGGAUCUUAACAUGGCCUUUUUGAAAUCUCUUCUACAGAGGAGGCAAUAAGGAGACUUCUUUUUUCUUACUCUCCUAUGGUGAUCGGGUUGCUGCGGACACACCUCACCCUGCUGCUUCCAUCGGCAGAGAAGUGCCUCUGCCGCUGGCACUGUUUUUGGGCAACAUUGUGCCCAUUGGGGGCAAGAUCUCACCCAAAAUUGGCACUGAUGGUGGCGGGGUGCACAGUAGUGGCAAAGCGGGCAGCGGCAGGAGCAGGGAGGUAGUGGUGGCAGCAGUGGCAGGGCGCUUCCUGGUGGAGGAAGGGAGGACAAGAAGAAUAGUUUGUGAGCCAAGCACUUAUUUAAAGAUAAAGGUAAAGGGACCCCUGACCAUUAGGUCCAGUCGUGGCCGACUCUGGGGUUGCGGCGCUUAUCUCGCUUUAUUGGCCAAGGGAGCCGGUGUACAGCUUCCAGGUCAUGUGGCCAGCAUGACUAAGCCGCUUCUGGCAAACCAGAGCAGUGCACGGAAACACCGUUUACCUUCCCGCCAGAACGGUACGUAUUUAUCUACUUGUACUUUGACGUGCUUUCAAACUGCUAGGUUGGCAGGAGCAGGGACCGAGCAACGGGAGCUCACCCCGUCGCGGGGAUUCGAACCGCUGACCUUCUGAUCGGCAAGCCCUAGGUUCUGUGGUUUAACCCACAGCGCCACGCACAUCCCAAGCACUUAUUUAGAGCAGGGCUAAAGACCUAGAGGAGGAGGAACUUUAUUUUAGGAUCUGUACCUCAUUUUCAUGGUACUAUGCAUAUGCCCACAUUCUUCCUCCACGCCCAGGUUCCGCCAUCUAAUCACAGGGGCAGGAGAGGCACAUUAAUCCCACACAAUAGAUUGGUACAUGUGAUUAUUGUUGCUCCUGGAAAAAAGCCAUGGAAAAGGUUUGUCUGUUUUUCAGUGUAGUUCCAAGGCUACUAUGGUUGCGUCCCACCACUGCAAGUAGUGCUUCUUUUUUUGAAAUAGUUUUUAUUUGUUUUUAGAAGUAUAACAUCAUAACAACACAUCCAUACACAUCCACAUUUACAUAUUUCUCCUUCUUGUUAAACCUUUUCUACUGCAUCUUUUCCAGUAAUCUGAGUUUUAUAUAACUCCACUGUCUCCAUAGUACUUUCUCCAUUACAAGUGUUGCUGCAAUCCUGCUAAUGUUUUCACCUGCUUACAGUGGUCUCCAAGUUAAAUUAUGAAUUUUCUCCAUUCUUUGUUAAAUAUUCGAUUCCGGAAGACCGUUCGACUUCUGAAAACCAAGGAUCAAUGGGCAGUCGGCAAAAUCCAUUGAAAAAUGGAAAAACAUGCAGUGGAAGCCGUUCGAUUUCCAAAAACGCGUCCGAAAACGGAAGCAAUUACUUCCGGGUUUUCAGUGUUCGGGUUCCAAAUUGUUCGGCUUCCUAGAUGCUUGAAAACCAAGGUUCCACUCUAUUAACUUGUAUGUGCUUGUUGCUACAGGUCCUAUAAAACACACCCUAGCAUAUAUACACCAGGGCUAUAAACCAUGUUUCAUAUACAGUGGUACCUCAGGUUAAGUACUUAAUUCGUUCCGGAGGUCCGUACUUAACCUGAAACUGUUCUUCACCUGAAGCACCACUUUAGCUAAGGGGGCCUCCCGCUGGUGCUGCGCCUCCGGAGCACAAUUUCUGUUCUCAUCCUGAAGCAAAGUGCUUAACCUGAAGCAAUAUUUCUGGCUUAGCGGAGUCUGUAACCUGAAGCGUAUGUAACCUGAAUCGUAUGUAACCCGAGGUACCACUGUAUGUGCAUUGUACGAGAUGUUUUUUUCUGCUAAGGGCUUAAUAUGCUGUAAUGGCCUGGAAUUAUUACGACCCCAGCGCAGCUGCAUUUAUUCAUUUGUUGAUAUACAUUUUAAAUUGUAAUGUGUGGAUAUGGCAAAUGAUGUGCUUGCGUGUGCUUGGCGGCUGCUCCCUUUUGAGGGUACACUUGGUUUUACUUCUUUCUAGCACAGACCCCUCAGUAUUAUAGACCUAACACAGAUUUUCCUUUUAAAUUUGCACGUCAAGGUGGAUACGUUGCCAACAGUCUAGCGAUCAUGACGGAUGCGCUUCAUAUGUUAACUGACCUCAGUGGCAUUAUUUUGACCUUGCUUGCUUUGUGGCUAUCUGCAAAAUCACCGACCAAAAAAUUCACCUUCGGAUUUCACCGCUUAGGUACGUAAUCUUUUUUUAAAUUUUUUUUUAUUGUAGUCAUUCUAAUAGAGCUGUAUGUACUAAUAUAUCUAAGAGCUGUAUCCCUAAACUGUGCGAGCUCAUCUGGGGCUAAUAGCCUUUGAGAGCUACAGUUAAACCUUGGUUCCCGAAUGACUUAGUUGCCGAACAAAUCAGCUCCCAAAUGCUGCAAAACCGGAAGUAAGUGUUCCCAUUUGCGAACAUUUUUUUUUGGAAGCCAAAUGUCCAACGCAGCUUCCAUAUGAGUGCAGGAAGCUUCUGCAGCCAAUCGGAAGCCGCGCCUUUGUUUUGGAACGGUUUUGGGAGUCAAAUGGACUCCUGGAACAGAUUAAGUUUGAGAACCAAGGUACCACUGUAUUUUUAAAAGUUGAUUUAUGAACUUAAAGUAGGCGGUAUUGGUGGGGAGGAGGAAUAGUAAAGCCCACUUUUACCUGUUCCUUUAUGCAGGAGACACUUUUGGGUGUUCAUGCAUUCCGCCCUUCUUCUUUUUGCUUUCUUGUAUAUGUUCUAAACAUACAGUGGUACGUCGCAAGACAAAUGCCUCUCAAGACGAAAAACUCGCAAGACGAAAGAGUUUUUCGUUUUUUGAGUUGCUUCGCGAGACGAAUUUCCCUAUGGGCUUGCUUCGCAAGACGGAAACGUCUUGCAAGUUUGUUUCCUUUGUCUUAAAAUCGUUACAGUAAUACAGGGUGCAUUGCUUGAAGAGGUGCAGUUGCGACUUGACUUCGGGUAGCAACUCAUAGCACGCGGUGUGGUAGCCUUUUUUGAGGUUUUUGAAGAUUUUUUUGAAAAAAUUGAAACCGUGCUUCGCAAGACGAAAAAACUCGCAAGACGAAAAAACUCGCAGAACGAAUUAAUUUCGUCUUGCGAGGCACCACUGUAUUGGGUGUUCAUCUAGAAACGUUGUUUGCAUCAGGACCCUGACAGGCUUAUUGUAGUGUGAGGUUCCAUAGGCAGAAGCUCCUUCAUCAUGUGCACAAAAAGGAGGGCAAGGUCAAGGCCUGUAGCUCAGUGGUUAGAGAAUUUGCUUUGCAUGCAGAAGGUCCCAGGUUCAGUCCUCAGCAUCUUGAGGUAGGGGACGCGGGUAGCGCUAUGGUUUAAAUAACUGAGCCUCUUGGGCUUGCUGAUCAGAAAGCCAGCGGUUCGAAUCCCCGCAAUGGAGUGAGCGCCCGUUGCUCUGGCCCCAGCUCCUGCCAACCUAGCAGUUUGAAAGCACACCAGUGCAAGUAGAUAAACAGGUACCACUGCGGUAGGAAGGUAAAUGGCACUUCCAUGCACUCUGGUUUCCAUCACGGUGUCCCAUUGUGCCAAUCGGUUUAGUCCUGCUGGCCACAUGACCCGGAAAGCUGUCUGUAGACAAACGCCGGCUCCCUCGGCCUGAAAGUGGGAUGAGCGCCACAACCUCAUAGUCUCCUUUGACUGGAUUCAGCCGUCUAGGGGUCCUUUACUUUUUACCUUUUUUACUAGGUAGGGCUGGGAGAGAACCCUGUCUGAUAUCCUGGAAAGCUGUUGCCAGUCAGUGUUGAAAAUUCUGCACUCAGUGGAUGAAGGGUCUGACUGAUGUGGUUUAGGGCAGCUUCCCAUGUUCUGAAGAUAUAAGGCAGCAAUCCCAUACUCGCUUCCCUGUAAGCACAGGUCUAAGGCAUACCUUCUAAGACAGCUGCUGUGCUGCAGUGGUUAGAGCAGGGCUGGGGAACCUGUGGUCCAUCAGCUGUUACUAGACUACAAGUCCCAUCUUCCUUGACCUUCGGCCAUGCUGACUCCCACAUCAUCUGGAGGGCCACAGGUUUUCCCCAUUGCCAGGUCAGAGUGUCAGUCUUAGAACUGGAUCGCAUCCCCACCCAGCCAUCAAGCCCACUGGGGGAUCUUGGGCCAGUCUCACACAGCUCCUCCUUCUCCCCUCCCCCCCAUAUAUAUAAUUUUAUUAGUUUUUUUUAACAUAUCAUUUUCAACAGUAAUUAAACAUACUUUUACAUCUUAUGCAAAUUUUUGACUUCCAUCAAUCCUGUCUGUAAAUUUUCCAAUCUAAUCUCUCAGUAUGCAUUUCUUAUCUUCCCUAUUACAUUUCAAAUUCAUAACCAAUAUCUCUAUCUUUUUCUACUUUGUAACACUUCGUAUAUUUCUCCUUACAAAACUUCUUGCAUAAUUUGUUAAUUACAGUUGCUCUUCAAAUAAUUCAUAUACCUCUUCCAAUCUUCUGUAAAUCUCUGGUCCCGCAGGUUUCGAAUCCUUCCUGUCAUUUUGUCCAAUUCUGCAUAGUCCAUUAAUUUCGUCUGCCAUUCUUCUUUCGUCAGAAUUUCUUCUUGUUUCCAUUUCUGGGCUAACAAUAUUAUUGCCGCGCACAGCUCCUCCUUCUGACUUGCAACCUAAGAACAUAACAGCCCCGCCGUCAGAGACCAAAGGUCUGCCCAGUUUAGCGUUCUGUUUCAGUGGCGUAGCAUGGGUUGCCAGAACCUGGGGCCGUAUGGAGGGUGGUGGGAGGGACAUGAACAGAGUAUGCAUGUGUGUUCAAUUGCCUAAUGGUGUCUGCGUCACCCAGCAGAUCACAGCCACAAACAUAAGAAAAGUAGAGCUGUUCCGUUGCAUGGAGAGGUCACUUCCUGGUUUGCAUGGAGAAGCCAUUUUCAGAUUUCCACCCGCUAACAAAUCUGCGCAUGGGGCCUCCUCAUGCUACAACACUGUUCUGUUCACCCAGCGACCAAUCAGAUACCUGUGGGAAGCCCAUAAGCAUGUGUAGCUUUGUGCUUCUUGGUUAGGAUGUCAGAUUAGGACUUGAGAGACGAGGAUUCAAAUCCCCGCUUGGCCGUGUAGCAAACCUUGGACCAGUCACUGCCUCUUAGUCUAGCCUACCAACAAGAGGGUUGUUGUUGAGAUUAGAUGAGGAGGGGGAGAAUCGUGUCUGCCACCACUUGGAAGAAAAAAAGUGGGAUAUAAAUGUAACAAAUGAACAAGCAAAUGAUAUAACAUUCUUAAUAAUAAAUGCUGAAUUAGGCCCAUUGAUUUCAGAGGAGCUGUGUAUUGGAUUGUGGUUAAGUUGAUGGACGUGUCUUUAGAAACUAUUACAGUUUAUCUCCUAAAGCCAGGGCAGCACCCACCAAAAGUUUCCAAGAACAUUUAUCAACUCUUAGAAAGCAAAGUUGCGAAACAAAAAAGUGUGUUGCAAUUAAAAAAUGCACUGACUCAGCUCUGCUUCAUGCCUGUGUUAGGUUAGUCUCUGAUCAGAUUAUUUAAUUCACUGUUCAUGUGACUUCUACUUCUUCUUUAAAGCUAUAAUUAGAUUUUUUUUUCAGUCGUGCUUUUUGUUUUUAGUUCCAAAUUGUAAUGGGGGCCCCAUGGGAGAUGCACAUAAAAACCCUAAGCACUGGGGUGUAUUUAAAUGCCUUUGAAAACUACUCCUGGCCCCGGUGGGUUAUAUUUCAGUCAUAAGGAUACUCAUGCCACAAAAUUAAAAACUCUUGAAAGAAAAGGUUCGUUGCUGCCAAACUCCUUAUCGCUUGAGACGGAGGAAGACUUGCUACCGUACAGUAUAGUACAGUAUGGCUUUAUAAUGAAUUGAUGGGCUGAUACUGUAAGCCCAGUGUGCAGGAAAAUGUCUCUAUCUAGGAAUAAAAGCUUGGCAGGCUCAGUUAUGAAAUUUAACCCUCCUCCUAGAUGGAGUAAAAGGAGACUUUGGAAAUAUUUUUUUCCUCACAGGGCCUGUUAAUAGUUUCACUCUUCAAUUUUUAUGCUGCUUUUAUGUUCUGUUUGCCUGUAUUACAUAGUUUUAUUUCUUUCUUUUUUCUAUUUUUUUUGUUGUUGUUUAGGCAUUACAACAACUUUAGAAAAAUAAUUAAAACCAAAUUGAAGACAAAUUGCUUUGAGAACACUCAGGCAUUAUUAUAUGACAGCAUCAGUUACUUUUAUCCUAAUAAAUGUUUCUUUUCUUUUGUAUUACAUGGUUUUAACACACUGUCCUAUGUAUGAUUACUCGGAAGUAACUCCCAGGUAUUCAAUAGGGCUUUUUCCUAGAAAAGCUACUUGGAUUACGUACUGCCUUAAUAUUUGUUCAUUUUUAUUUAUUUAAAAGAAUUUCUAAACCUCUAAGUAUUGAAAAUGUAUUUAAGUGGUGUACAGAAAUGCAAACAGCAAAACACUAUAACGAAAUUAGAAAUCAAUAAAAUACAGUAUUGUUGUAUUUUUGAUGUAUGCAUGUCCUCUAAGUCACCCUGGUUGGUUUUUUUUAAGAUAGUAGGAAAAAUAGCUUAUAUUGGGCUCAUAAGACUGGGAAGGGGACACGGGUGGCGCUGUGGGUUAAACCACAGAGCCUAGGACUUGCCGAUAAGAAGGUCAGCGGUUUGAAUCCCCGUGACGGGGUGAGCUCCUGUUGCUCGGUCCCUGCUCCUGCCAACCUAGCAGUUCGAAAGCACGUCAAAGUGCAAGUAGAUAAAUAGGUACCGCUCCGGCGGGAAGGUAAACGGCGUUUCCGUGCGCUGCUCUGGUUCGCCAGAAGCGGCUUAGUCAUGCUGGCCACAUGACCCGGAAGCUGUACGCUGGCUCUCUCAACCAAUAAAGCGAGAUGAGCGCCGCAACCCCAGAGUCGGUCACAACUGGACCUAAUGGUCAGGGGUCCCUUUACCUUAAGACUGGGAAGCAGCUGAAGGAUUUUGAGUUCAGUUUCUCCUAAUAAGAUCACCUAUUAUUAUUAUUAUUAUUUAAAGAACCUGUGACAGCUUUGCAGAGUAGCUGUCUUGCAGCCAGCUAAUCCAUGGUGCAGUUUUUGCUAAUUAAAGGAGCUUGUGAUGUUGUACGGCAUGGACGUUCCAAACUGAGGGUUCCAGGGAAUCUUUCGAUUCUUCAAAAGCUUAAAUGGGAUUUUUCCAUAGCUUAUCUGUUGGUUUCCCCCAGGCAUAUGGUCACAGCCAUUGUAAGAAGAUGCUGGAAUAGUUGGAGUAUCGGCCUGAUCCAGCAGCCUCUUCUCACAUUAUUAUUUUCUUUUGAAAUAAUUUUUAUCUGAUUUAUCAAGUAUAAAAUUAUAAUAAUACAACCAUAGGUAAAGGUAAAGGGACCCCUGACCAUUAGGUCCAGUCGUGGAGGACUCUGGGGUUAAAAAAACAUUGGAAAUGUUUAAACUUACAUUAUUAACAUUUACUUAACCCAGCCUGGAUUCAGUGUAAUUAAAAGUACCGUAGAAAUGCUAAACGUUGCAUGAUGUUUGUGCGCAGAUGCUCUUGUAACAGUGCUGCUGUUUUUCUUUCUCUUUCCCAGAGGUGUUGUCUGCCAUGUUCAGCGUCUUGCUGAUUUACAUCCUCAUGGUUUUCCUCUUGUACGAAGCUGUUCAAAGGACCAUCCACAUGGACUACGAAAUCAAUGGGGAUAUUAUGCUGAUUACAGCAGCCAUUGGGGUAGCAGUCAACCUUAUGUAAGUGUUCCUUUUCCUUCUGUUGAAAGUUAGCCGCCUUCUUAGCAAGGGACUCCUGUGAAGAAAGUCCCAGAACUGCUCCACCGUUUCUGUUUUUUAUUAUUUAAAUUUUUAUUUAUACUUUUCAAGUUUAAGCAUUUCACUAGUUUUACAAUCGCUUUAUCAUUUCAAAAUUUGACUUCCUUCCCCCUCUUUCUGCGGCUCCUUAAUUUUUUUGCUUUUUAAAAUAUCUUCUGCAUAUCCAAAUUCAUUUAAUUUGCUCCUUUGCCCACUGUUUCUUUAUGCCAGUCUGUCACGUAUCUCCUGUCAAUCCUCUUCAAUUGCCAAAAAGGGUACCAACUGGAUCUCAUUUGGCAGAAAGAGCCAGAAGUAAGGUUACCAGAUUUUUUUCAGUGAAUCCAACUUCAGUAGGAAUGAUAGGAUUUUGUAUGGGGACUGAUUUGUAAAUCCGGGGACUGUCCCCGGGAAACGAGGACGUCUGGUAACCUUAGCCAGAAGUCACUCCUUUCAGAAGAGAGGUUCAAAAAACCUCCGCUGCCCUCAAUGUUCCCCUGCCACCAUCAGGGUUUCAGAAUGGACUUUCUAUGAAGCUGACUCGCCUCACGACUAUGGCGUAGUCAAUAGGCUAGAAUUAGUCCAGUUUGAGAAUUUUAGGUGCCGAAAUACCAAGGGAACAGAAAGGUUUAUCUAUGUAUGCAACCACGGCUACGCGAUUGCUAUUAGCUCAGAGAUGGAAAGAAUAAAAUGUCUCUACCAGAGAAGAAUGGCAGAUCAAGUUGAUGGACUAUGUCGAAAUGGCAACAGUGACCAGAAGAAUCAGAAAUCAGGAAGACCAAAAUUUUAAUAAGGAAUGGGGAAAAUUUAUAAUCUUUCUUAAAAACCAUUGUAAACAGUUAAAAUUGUAAAUGGGAUUGGAAUAACAUGGUGAACUUUGGACAUAAUGGAGAUGUAAAAGGGCAGGAGGGAAGUCCAGGAGAUUCUGUGGAAUCUUCUUAGUCCUGUUUGGGAGCCGCGGUGCUCUGGUUUAUUUUGUAUUCUGGCUCUUGCCUGCUUUCCCUCUACCUUUUGUUUUUAGCGAAGUCUCCUAAUUUGACCACUGCAGUGGAUGCGAUUGCCAGCUUUGAGGUUCUAGCAUCCCCAUGUACCUGGACACUUAGAAUUCCUGGUGCUGGAAGUUUAGGAUCAGUGCAAAAGCAGGAAGAGGACAAGCCUUUCUCUUGGUGGGAUGAUUUGAUCUGCCGGCCAAUGAGGCAGCGCGAGUGCGACCACCGUUGCUCUCCUGGCUUCUCAACCUGGUAGCUUGCUGGCUUUUAUCAAGAGGCAAGUGUGUCACACCUCUCCCUUCUUGGUGACCACUCGCAACCAGCUUUGUUGGGAAGCCAGGAGAACAACGGUUCCCUUUCUGUGCUACCUUACUGACUGCGGGUGGUGCUGUGGUCUAAACCACUGAGCCUCUUGGGCUUGCCAAUCAGAAGGCCAACGGUUCGAAUCCCCGCGAUGGGGUGCCUAUGAAUGCUUCCGUUUUCAAACACGCCUCGGAAGUCAAUUGACUUCUGAGGCGCGUUUCUCCAUUUUUUCAAUGGAUUUUGCCAACCAGCAAUUGCACCUCGGUUGUCGAACAUUUCAGAAGUCAAACGGUCUUCUGGAACAGAUUGCAUUCGACAACUGAGGUUCCACUGUAUAUUGUUUUCGGUCUAUUAGAGUUUAAUCACUUUUCAAUAUAUGUUAUGUGUGUUCUUUCUCUCUGUUUACGGUGGCCUAGCAGUAAAAAGCAUGGUAGACUAUCACCAGCUGUACAUUUAAUUGUAGCUACAUGGGGGGGAUGCAGGUGGCGCUGUGGUCUAAACCACUGAGCCUCUUGGGCAGGCAAAGGCAAACUCAGCCCUCCAGAUGUUUUGGGACUACAACUCCCAUCGUUCAUGACCACUGCUUCUGUUAGCUAGGGAUGAUGGGAGUUGUAGUCCCAAAACAUCUGGAGGGCUGUGUUUGCCUAUGCCUGCUCUUGGGCUUGCCGAUUGGAAGGUCGGCGAUUCGAAUCCCUGUGAUGGGAUGAGCCCCCGUUGCUGUGUCCCAGCUUCUGCCAACCUAGCAGUUCAAAAGCACGCCAGUGCAAGUAGAUAAAUAGGUACCGCUGUGGCGGGAAGAUAAAUGGCAUUUCCAUGCACUCUGGUUUCCAUCACGGUGUUCCAUUGCGCCAGAAGCGGUUUAGUCCUGUCGGCCACAUGACCCGGAAAGCUGUCUGUGGACAAACGCCGGCUCCCUCGGCCUGAAAGUGAGAUGAGCGCCUCGCGUCCAUAGUCGCCUUUGACUGGACUUAACCGUCCAGGGGUCGUCUACCUUUUUUACCUUUACCUGUAGUUAUAAUCAUGGAUAUAUCUACAGUAAUAGCUAGCGAUGGAACACCUUGUUCAUUCUGACGCAGCCGUAACAUUUAAGACAAAAAUGAAUUUUCAGAAAGGUUUUAAUAUAUGUGUCCAGGGGUCCUUUACCUUACAGUAGUACCUCUAGUUAAGAACUUAAUUUGUUCUGGAGGUCCGUUCUUAACCUGAAACCGUUCUUAACCUGAGGUACCACUUUAGCUGAUGGGGCCUCCCGCGGCCGCCGCACGAUUUCUGUUCUCAUCCUGAGGUAAAGUUCUUAACCCGAGGUACUACUUCUGGGUUAGCGGAGUCUGUAACCUGAAGCGUUUGUAACCCGAAGCGUUAACCCGAGGUACCACUGUCCUAGCAGCUUGCUUUUGUGGUUUGCCCUCUUCAUGCUUACAAAAAGAAUGAAACGUGCCAACAUCUGGGGUUGGGUUUUUUGGGGUCUUCCUCCUUAUCUCUGUUUUGUUCUGAACUUCUUUCCUUCUACUUUCCCUUUCAGCAUGGGCUUUCUGCUGAACCAGUCUGGCCACCUGCACUCCCAUUCGCAUUCCCCUGCCCCUGCUCCUCCCUCCAGUUCCUCUUCUGCCGCAACUCCUGGGCACAGUCACGGUCAUGGCAGCCUGGCAGUGAGAGCCGCCUUUGUGCAUGCCUUGGGAGACCUGGUACAAAGCAUAGGCGUUCUUGUAGCUGCAUACAUCAUUCGUUUCAAGGUAGGGCUUUUCAUUAGACUUGCAAACAAAGGCAUUUCUCACCUUGGGCUGGUCAGAGCUUGAACUCCCCAGGAACCUGUAUGUGCUCUUAACUUUUUUUCCCAGCGUGCAGGGAUUUGCAUGCAGAACUAUAGUUCUGCUUAGCUCAGUGGGGAAAUUAUUGUGGAGCUUCAAGCCCUCCCAGGAACUGCAGGGUUGGACAAAUUAGGAUCUGGGGGCUAGGAGCUGGGGAUAUUUACUUUUUAAAUAUUUAAUUUUUAGCAGUGGGGAGUGUGAGUGUGUCAAUAAUAAAUAUAUAUAUAUAUAUAUAUAUAUAUAUAUAUAUAUAUAUAUAUACCCCACCCAUCUGGCUGGGUUUCCCCAUCCACUCUGGGUGUCUCCCAACAGAAUACUAAAAACACGACAAAACAUCAAACAUUCCCGAAACAGGGCUGCCUUCAGAUGUCUUCUAAAAGUCAGAUAGUUGUUUAUUUCCUUGGCAUCUGAUGGGAGGGUGUUCCACAGGGCGGGUGCCACCACCGAGAAGGCCCUCUGCCUCGUUCCCUGUAACUACGGGAUAUGGCGAAUUUGGACAGCUUGCCUUGCUUAAAUCAGCCUAGCGGCACACGAAAUAUCAGAUUCUCUGUUCUGUAUAUAGAAUCAUAGAAUUGUAGAGUUGGAAGGGACCCCACGGAUCAUCUAAUCCAACCCUCCAAUGGAAUCGAACCUGCAACCUUGGCGUUGCCAGCACCACGCUCUAACCAACUGAGCUAAGCGCCCACUCCCCCGCUACAUAUUCUUGGCUUAGCAUGAUGUAUGUCCUCUGAGUGCAAUGCUCUGAUGGGAGUUUGCCUAGCUUAAAAAUGCUUUGUCCCAUACCUGCUUACUGAAAUAGGCAAGGAAAGCUCUCCUUUUUGUUUGGGAACCGCAGGGAAUGUCAUCUGCAGGGAUGAGGGGCAGGGCCUUUUUUCCUUUUGGGCCAGUUCAGUGGAGCUUCUUCCAAGAGAAGCCCGUGAAUACUCAAACAAUUGAUGUGUAGACUCAUUGUCAACCUACCUUUCUAUACAUUGUAGUACUCGAUACAUAUUUAUAUUUUAAAACCAGCGUAGAUUUUUAAAAUGUUAUUUAGAAACAGUUAUAAGCCACUUAAUAAAAAAGAUUCUCUCUCUUUCGCUAUAUGGAGAAUUUUUAUAUAUAUUGUAUUAUUAAAUUAUAUAUAUAUACACACACACACACACGCACACAUAUAUAUAUAUAUAUAUGUUCAUUAUUUUAUUUUUAAAUAUUAUAUAUAUAUAUAUAUACACACACACACACACACACACACACACACACCGUAUUUUUCGCUCCAUAGGGUGCACUGGACCAUAGGGCGCACCUAGUUUUUAGAGGGGGAAAUCAAGGGGAAAAAAUCUUAUCCCCCCCGCCAGCCCCAAAGAGCAGCGUACAGGCUGCGUCAACCUCUCCCUGCCGGAGGGGUUGUGCACGGCUAUGGCACAAGCCAAGACAGUGGGCGGAGAAGAGGAGACCCUUCUGUUCCUCCUCCGGCUUCCAGGCAGGCGCGUGGCUGAAGGGGCACUGCACAGUUCUCCCUCUCUGCGCGUCGUGUCUCCUGCGAAGGAGAGGCGCUGUGCAGAGAGGGAGAACUGCACAGCGCCCCUUCAGGCGAAGCUGGAGGAGGAACAGAAGGAGACCCUUCUGUUCCUCCUCCGGCUUCCAGGCAGGUGCAUGGCUGAAGCCUUUGGAGCGCAGCGGGACCUCGCGCUGCGCUCCGAAGGCUUCGGGUUCCUUUGGCUGAAGCCAGGAGAGUCUUGCUCUCCCGGCUUCAGCUAAAGGAACCCGAAGCCUUCAGAGCGCAGCGCAAGGAGCCCGCAUUCGCUCCAUAGGACGCACACACACAUUUCCCCUCAAGUUUUGGAGGGGGAAAAGUGCUUCCUAUAGAGCGAAAAAUACGGUAUUUAUUUUGUAUUUUUAUGUUGUGAACUGCCCUGAGAUCUGUGGAUGAAGGGCAGUAUACAGAUUUAUUUAUUUAUUUGAUAAAUAAAUAAAUAAAUAAAUAAAUAAAUAAAUAAAUAAUAGGUUAAACCAUCUUAAUCUGCUCCCUGCUGCAAGGCCCAUUUCCACCUGGCCUGGGGAAUGGGGCCCCCACUCAUCCUGAACAGCUAAAAGGCUCCUGGGAGGGCACUGGGACACUGCUGGAACAACGCUUGGGUUGCGGCAACUGGCUAAAAUGUCUUAAACGGUUCUAAUUUUGGUUCCUCCGUUUCAUUUUUGUUGGGUUGGUGUUGGUUAGAUGUUUAGUUGGGGUUGACGAUUAUUUUAGUUUGGGUAUAACUAUAAACUGUUGUUUGUUGUUUAUUGAUUUAUUGGUUUGUUUGUUGCUUGUAUCAGAUAUUUGUUUUUUAAUGUUUGAUGUUUUGUUGUGUUUUAUAUGUUGUAAGCCGCUCAGAGUGGCUGGGGAAACCCAGCCAGAUGGGUGGGAUAUAAAUUAAAAAUUAUUAUAUUAUAAUUAUUUAUGCAGAUGUAGUCUUACCAGGCUUUAACCUCUUUUGUUUCAGCCAGAAUACAAGAUUGCGGACCCUAUAUGCACAUAUGUAUUCUCAGUCCUGGUGGCUUUCACAACAUUUCGGAUCAUCCGGGACACCGGAAUAAUUGUACUUGAAGGUAAUGAAAGAUCGAACUCCUAUAUUCGAGGUGCCCUUUCAAGAGCAGAUAGAAGCAAUGAGCAAGUGGAAGCAGCAAUGGCUGUACUACUUACCGUAUUUUUCGCUCUAUAGGACGCACUUCCCCCCUCUAAAAAUUAAGGUGAAAUUUGUGUGCGUCCUAUGGAGUGAAUGCAGGCUCCUUGGCUUCAGCGAUAGCAACUCGAAACCUCCGAACCGCAGAGGGAGCGCUCCCUCCGCUCUCCGGAGGCUUCGUGUUGCUUUCGCUGAAGCCUGGAGAGCGAGAGGGGUCAGUGCGCAACGACCCCUCUCGCUCUCCAGGCUUCAGGGAUAGCCGCCUGAAGCCUCCGGAGCGCAGCGGGAGGUUCCUGCUGCACUUCGCAGGCUUUGGGUUCCUUUUGCUGAAGCCGGGAGAGCAAGACUCUCCUGGCUUCAGCAGAGAGGGAGAGCUGCGCAGCGCCCCUUCAGCCAAGCGGGAGGAGAAAGGAAGGGGCUCCAUUUCUCCUGCUGCUUCGCUGAAGGGGCGCUGAGCAGAGAGGGGGAUAAUUUUUUUUUCUUGUUCUCCCCCUCUAAAACAAGUGCCUCCUAUGGUCAGGUGCGUCCUAUAGAGCGACAAAUACAGUACUUUGAUUUUCUAAAUAACUUUCAAAAUCUUGAUCAAUAGUUUUGAAAGAUUUAUGCAUUUCACUGUAUGUGGUUGUCUUACAAGGUGAUUUGGCACUGAAUCUCAGCCGGGCAUCUGAGAUUUACUCAAAAUCUUCGUUGAUCAUUUCAGUUGUGCUCAGGGCUCCCCUCCCCCAGCCAGAACUCAGUGAAACUAAGUUCUGGCACCUCUCAGGUGGGUGCCAUUGCCAUGCUAAGAGAAUGAGGGAGGUGUGGAAAGAAGAAAGACUGCCUACCUAUCACACCCGUUCCGUUUUACCGUAUGUCUGUUUCAGCAGCGACAUCGUAAAAGGCAGUUUUUGUAAGGUCGCAAAUUUAAGCUGCACUUUUAACUUUUCACAGUCGGAUUUUGGAAAAUAAAAUAAAAUGAGGCUUAUAUUCAGGCCAAUGCGGUACGGUAUGUUAACUUUCCAUUCUUCUUUAGUUGGGACAGCUUCCAGGGCUUGUUGAGAAAAGCCCGCUUUAUAACAUUGUAGAAUCAUAGAAUCAUAGAGUUGGAAGAGACCACAAGGGCCAUCGAGUCCAACCCCCUGCCAAGCAGGAAACACCAUCAGAGCACUCCUGACAUAUGGUUGUCAAGCCUCUGCUUAAAGACCUCCAAAGAAGGAGACUCCACCACACUCCUUGGCAGCAAAUUCCACUGUCGAACAGCUCUUACUGUCAGGAAGUUCUUCCUAAUGUUUAGGUGGAAUCCUCUUUCUUGUAGUUUGGAUCCAUUGCUCCGUGUCCGCUUCUCUGGAGCAGCAGAAAACAACCUUUCUCCCUCCUCUAUGUGACAUCCUUUUAUAUAUUUGAACAUGGCUGUCAUAUCACCCCUUAACCUCCUCUUCUCCAGGCUAAACAUGCCCAGCUCCCUUAGCCGUUCCUCAUAAGGCAUCGUUUCCAGGCCUUUGACCAUUUUGGUUGCCCUCCUCUGGACACGUUCCAGUUUGUCAGUGUCCUUCUUGAACUGUGGUGCCCAGAACUGGACACAGUACUCCAGGUGAGGUCUGACCAGAGCAGAAUACAUUAAAGAAGGAGCCUUGCUUCAACAAACUUUAGUUAAGAUUAGCCACAGUUUAGUUUUUGAACAUGAUGUUAAAAUGUUGUGACUAUGCCACUGGAUGGGAGGGGCAACUGUGGCUUCUUCAGUGCUAAGUGAAAACUGGGCCAAUUUGUCAAUGGUUCCCCAAAAUUGUUAAGAACCAGUGCACUACUAUUUCCGAAUAAAUGUUAUCACUUCAAAGUGACUGAUAACAUUUCAGUUCCUAGAAAUGCAGAAGAUGAAAAUGUUUACACGAGUGUUUUCCCUUGAGGCACUAUCACAAUGUGACUAAAUGGCUGCUUCUUAUCCUUUUUUAAAUACUCUGCUUAAGUUUAAUAUAAUGGUAUCACAUAAUAAUCAAUAAUAAUUCUAAACAUCUAAAACUCAUGUCCUCCUUGUAGGAGUUCCAAGGCAUUUGAAUGUGGAUCGCAUUAAAGAGGAGCUAAUGAAAAUUGAAGAUGUGUUUUCAGUGGAAAGCCUGAAUAUUUGGUCGUUGACUGCAGGAAAAACCAUUGCCAUAGUCCACUUGCAAUUAGGUAAAACUGGGAAGCAGGCAGAGCUAACGGUUGUGUUAAUGAAGCAGAAUCAUGUGAUUAAAUUCAAUCAAUAAAUUAUUUUUUUGGGUUUUUUUCAUAUUUGUGGUUUGUUAACCAUAAAUUAAGGGAUGCGGGUGGUGCUGUGGGUUAAACCGCAGAGCCUAGGACUUGCCAAUCAGAAGGUUGGCGGUUCGAAUCCCUGCAACGGUGUGAGCUCCCGUUGUUCAGUCCCUGCUCCUGCCAACCUAGCAGUUCGAAAGCACGUCAAAGUGCAAGUAGAUAAAUAGGUACCACUCUGGUGGGAAGGUAAACGGCGUUUCUGCGUGCUGCUCUGAUUGGCCAGUAGCGGCUUAGUCAUGCUGCCCAUAUGACCCGGAAGCUGUACGUCGGCUCCCUCGGCCAAUAAAGCGAGAUGAGCAUCACAACCCCAGAGUUGUCCGCGACUGGACCUAAUGGUCAGGGGUCCCUUUACCUUUACCUUUAACCAUAAAUUAAUUUAUUUUUUCCUGUGUUCUGUUUCUAGAUCAGGGAUGGGAAUCUGGGGUCAUUUAAAUGUUGCUGCAGUUCAGUUGCCAUCAUCCUUGACAAUUGACCAUUAUUCCCCUGGCAGAGCUACAAUUUCCCUCUCAGCACAUUAUAGCUCCCAUAAUUAUUUGGGGGAAGCCGUCACUCUUGAAAGUGGCAUCCCAGUGCUUUAGAUGUGUGGUUUGAAAGUAGCCUCUCUUCCCACAGCCCCCUGCCCAGAAGUGUUUUGGAGAUAUCUGCCAUUUUCCUCCCUGCCCCCAACCCACCAAUACAAUCGCUCUGCCCAUGUUUUGGUGGUACUUACUGUGUCUUCCUUGCUUUCCAGUUCCUGGCACUUCAUCAAAGUGGGAGGAAAUCCAGUCGAAGGCCCGGCGGUUGUUGCUGAGCACAUUCGGAGUCUAUCAAUGUUCAAUCCAGCUUCAGAGUUACAGGCGAGAAGAGAACAAACCGUGCGCAAGCUGCCAGAAUUCCAGUGCCUAAUUUUUCCACGCUAUUUUUCUUUUUGGGAGGGCUUGCUGCCUUAUUCUUCUUAACCUUUGCAGCCAAAAGACCACGAAGCAAUAAAUGCAAGAUUUGCAAAUGGAACGGAAUCCCUUAGGGCUGGACUAGUAUUGGCAAUCCUCUUGCAACCAGAAGGGUUUGGAACGGGGUCAGAAUUCCCCUUUCCGGGAAAACGAGUUGUAACUUUCUCUCUCGCCGUUCCUUUCGGCCAGGGUUUUCAUGCCAAUAUAUAUACAUAUCCAACAAAUUGUUUACAGAUCACGUUGCGGUUGGCGGAUACCUCGUAGAGCACACUUCCUCGUUGCCAUUUGUUAACUUCCAACAGUGCUUGCCUGCUUUCCUAAAGGGCGCCAAGAAUUAACUACUUGAGUUUAAAAAGAGUUGCCAAGGUUGAUCAUGUCUGUGAUCAAAAAGGUUAAUGAUCCCUGAACUGGUUACACCAUAUUUUAUCUCUCCAACAGCUAUGGUUUUUUUACUACCUUGCCUAAAACAAAAACAAUGCUGCAGGUAUAGCAGAACAUUUUUUUAUAAGUUGUCUCUCUUCAUUCAAACUUGAAUACAUAUUGAGAAGUAUAGCUUUUGCAGUAACCAGUCCUGGAAAUUUUAGCUUUAACCUACGAUCCAAACCAGAAAAGGUCUUUUCCUGGGACAAGCUAUCGGUUGUUUAUCUGAAGACUUUGGGGCUGGACCCACUACGUUUGUAAGGAAUAGUUGUCUCUCGUAUCUUUCGGCGUAGGACUUUUACCAUAGAAAAAGCAUAUUUAAAUUUCUUUUCAAAUAUAUAUAAUUUACUUUGAGACGAUUCUUAUCGAUCAUCUUGGAUAUCUAACACUUUAACCUGCUUCAAGAGGCUGUUUGGUUAAGCAUGAACGUUAAUUCUAGUGAAUAAAUAUAUCGUAGGGGACUUUUUGUGAUUGAUUUGCCUCUUGCAAGAGAGGGGGGGGCCUUAUAGAAACUACAUUUAAAGCAGAGAUCCAAUCAGUAGAUGUACUGUAGAAUAGCCUGCACCAACUCUGUGCCCUGCAGAUGUUGUACAGCUGUCAUCAUCCCCAGCCAGCACAGAAUUGUGGUCCAUCUGGAGGGCACUGUGUUGGUGAAAGUUGUAGACAUUCAGGAAAUAAAGAGAACAAAGGCUUCAGAUACACUGCAGCCCCCGAAACUUACAAUUGUGAGCAUAUGGUUUCCAUUUCACCUUGACAUUUCCUCCUGAUAAAUAUCGAUUUUGCAUGGUAAUGUAUGCUAACGUGUGCCAGUGAAAUGUUAGUGAUUUGGUGAACUGUACUGCCUUUUAGUCAAACAGAAGGACACCCACUGUCCAUUAUUUUUUGGUUGUCGUUCUUCUCCUAGCAGUCUAAAAGUAAAAUGUUCCAUUUUUGGCCCGUGUUGAAUUGCAGGCCUUCAGAACUGUUUUCCAGGCACCAAAUUAUUGCUGGAUUCCCCUAAAACUUUUGAGUAUAGAGAAGGUGAAAUCAGGAGAAGGAACUGAAAAGACAAGAGAUGUUUCUACUGGAGCACAGCUAAUCCAAAGCCAGAUACCAUGAGAAUUAGUGGUGUAGAAAUUUAUAUUUUAAAAAUGCCAGAGAUUUGACCUCCGACUCUUUACAUCUAAACAGAACUAUCGGUGUGAAUAAGAUUGCGGUGUAACAAAUACAUGGUAUAAUCUCUUGGAAAGGUUUAAUCUUCAACUCUGAAAUCCGGAGCAAUCAAUAUUUUAAAACUUAGCUUGCCACAUUUUAUUUUCCUCCAUAGUUUUUGUAUCGCCUGUAAAUAGGGCUAAAGAAGCCAAAAAAAGAAAAUAAGCCCACUUAAUCCCAACAAACAACAGAAAUAAGUAUCAACGUUAACAAUUGCCAGCAUGUUUUGACUAAUUGGAUAACUAUUUUGCUGUUUGGAGCAUAAUAGUUUGAAAUCUGUUCUUUUUCCUUCACAGAAGGGAUACUUGUUAUUGUUUUUAAGGACCAAUAUCUUCUCUUGAAGGGUGACUUUUAAAAUUAACACUUCAUGAAAGCAAUAUGCAUAGUUAUUUAACUUUAAAUUAUUAUUCAAAUGCUUCAUGCAAAGGAAGGAUGACUUUGAUUUUAUUGGACUCUAGUGCCCAUUGACAAUUGGCUAAAACUGAUGGAAUCUGGAGUUCAACAAGGUCUAGAGAGCAAGCGAUUCCUUGAAAAGCAAACUCUCUCCAAGUAUCUUAGGAGAUGGUACACUGAUGGAUAAAAAUAUGCCCAUUUGCUGGAUUUUAUGUCGCUUGGGUCUAGCCAACUUUCCCCCCUUCUGCUCAACCCCAAGACAAAAUUUCAGUAUUAGAAUGAGCAAGCUGCACUAAAUGAUAUUGAAAUGAAGAACUGGCAUAUUUGGGACCCUGUUGUUUUGAUACACGACAAUAGAAACACAAAGCCAUAUCUCAGUUUGUGAAACUUUUUGUGUAUCCCUUCUUUAUGACCUUUUCGGAAGUCAGGUAUUUUUGCACACAAAUGGAUAUUCAUAAUGGAUAUUUCAUUAAACUGGGGUUUACAGUACACCUAAUUAGAAACUGGGGGUUUGGUAGAUCUGUACUGUACUUGGAGUUUUUUUAAAUUGUAAUUAUAUACUAUAUAUUUGUUUAAUGAAACAAAUGUGUUGCUUUACUGUGGAUUUAUUAAAUUGAUUAUUAUACUGCCCA